GCACCUUCACCGCCCAUCACCAGCGCCGCCGCCGCCGCCGUCCCCACCCGGCCGGAUCACUGAGUAUCCCCGCCGCCCAUCCUGUCCACCUCGACGCCGACCGCGGGGGCUCCUCGAGGUGCGUGUGGCCGUCGGCGAGCUCAUCUUGAUCAGGGUCAGGGGGCGAGAUCGAACCCGAUCCGCACACGCAGCCAAAAGGAGAGUUUUCAGGGCCAGGAGAUCGAAGAUGGCGGCUCCGACUGGAAAUGCAGCCUUCCUCCUCCUCCUGCUGUCUGCCUGCUGCGCCGCCACCCUUGCCUGCGACCCGAGUGGGGCCAAGUUCGGGUACGUCGGCUCCGUGGGGCCUGACCACUGGGGCGCCCUGAGCCCCAACUUCACGGCGUGCGCGGUGGGGACGAACCAGUCCCCGAUCGACAUCGCGACGGCCGCGGCGGUCUGCGACCCGGCGCUGCAGCCCCUCCGCCGGGACUACACCGUCGCCAACGCCACCCUCGUCGACAACGUCUUCAACAUCGCGGUGCGUAAACAUCGCGCUGCGGUUCGACGCCGGCGGCGGGAACGUGAUCGUGGGCGGGAAGCAGUACCGGCUGAAGCAGAUGCACUGGCACUCGCCGUCGGAGCACACCGUCGACGGGCAGAGGUUCCCCGUGGAGCUCCACAUGGUCCACGCCAGCGACGACGGCAACGUCACCGUCGUGGCGACGCUCUACCGCUUCGGCAGGCCGGACCCGUUCCUCUCGCAGCUGCAGGACAAGCUCGCCGCGCUCUCCGCCGAGGGCUGCGACGCCGAGAAGGGCGCCCCGGUGCCCGCCGGCGUCGUGAGCCUGUGGCCGCUGCGGCUGCGCUCCCACACGUACUACCGCUACGUGGGGUCCUUCACCACGCCGCCCUGCACCGAGAACGUCGUCUGGAGCAUCCUCGCCCAGGUGCGGGAGAUGUCGGUGGACCAGGCCGCCGCCCUGACGGCGCCGCUGGAGCAGGACUACCGGCGCAACAACAGGCCGACGCAGCCGAUGAACGGCCGCGUCGUCCAGGUCUACCGCGCCGCGGGGCCGUGAAGAAGAUCGAGCACAAGAAAGCGCCGUAGGGGUGGUGUGCCAGUACCACAGCGUGGUCAGCAGUUGCUGCUGCUGUGGCUGGGUUCUUUUUCAUCAGUUGUUUCUCUGCGUCCAGGUAGUUUGUGACUUUGUAGUGUUCUGCAUCCGUCUUAAUUAGCUUCUUCUAGGUCGUCUGGUCUCUCGUUUGGUCGCCGGCCAUGUCCCUGGUCCGGUCCGGUUUGGAUACUCUGGAGCCUGAAGAUUGAAGUUGUUGGUCGGUAGGUCUAAGCAGGGGUUUGUAGCUAGGUUACUAGUAAUUAGUAGAUCUAUGCACGGGCUUUUGGUUUCCGCACAAGCUUGUGCUGAUCCUUCUCGUAUCUGUAUUCUGUGUGAUGAUGGGAUGCGAAUCGAUCGAACAGUUUCCGUUUGA